GAAACACUUGAAGAAAUCCUCAUUCCUUGUCUGCAUAUAAACGCUGGAAGGAAAUCCCACAUUGUUCGAUACAUCAUCAGCAAGAAAAUCAAACCUUACGUGGACCAUCGCCCAAGUUUAUUUGAACGUGUGUAUCCUCUCAGUGAACGCCUCGCUGAACAUAUGUUACAUGUCGGAUACAAGCAGCUCAGUCGCUUUGGAAGAUGGGACCCAGUACUGCUGAAGGAUGGUAACUGCAUUCCACCUGUUGAUGGAACAGAGCAUCCAUUGUUUGCCUGCAUUUACCGAUCAUUUAUUUACUUCCUGUCAAGCCAGCAGAAUAGAACAAUCUUCAUGUUAGAUCCAAUAUUGUAUCUGAGUCAGGAAACUCCCAAACCGAUGAUUCCUUUAAGGAUUGCUAUAAUUGGCCCUUCAAAGUCAGGAAAAACAACUUUGGCCAAACGAUUUGUACAAGAUUAUGGCGCUUUAAGGCUGUCCAUAGGAGAAGCAAUGCGCCACGUUUUAAGACAGCACUCACAGUCGGAGCUGGCCAAGCAGAUCCAGUGGAAUCUAAUCCGUGGCAGGGUGGUGCCGGAUGAGCUUCAGAUUCAAGCUUUAGAUGUGGCACUGCUGGACGUGCGAUGCCAGACCAGAGGGUAUGUGCUUGAUGGAUACCCAAUGACUUUGAAGCAAAUUCAACUGAUGACCGAAUACAGCAUUAUUCCAGUGAGAGUCAUCGAACUGGAGCUGAGCAGCAAAGAGGUCUUAACUCGAGGGGCCAAGGAUAGGAUAGUUCCACGAGCCUCACCAUUACAUGACAGCUCUCAAAUACUUGCUAUAAAACUGUCCUGUUACCAAAGAGAAGUUCCCGCAGUUCGUGAAUGGUAUCAGAAUGAGCACCAGAACUACAACAUCGUGCCAGCUGACCAAUCAAAAUGGUGGGUUCUGGAUGUAGUCAAUGACAUUGCAAUUUCUAGCAUCAAAAGAAUUCAAGACUACGUCCACAGGACUUCAAAAGGAAGAUCAGCAGGAAUUUAUGGUCUAUGUAUCACACCUAAGGAAUAUCGCGCACGUCUAGGAGAAUAUGAGGAGUACUGUCCUGUCAGCCUAGCUGAUAAAGAUGAACUCAUCGACUGCUCAUUUAAUCAGACUCUAGAGUAUGCAGCAGAGUACAAGG